ACAGAAACAUGUCGAAAAAAAUUCGAAAGGAAAUUGGGAAAUUGUUCCAAACCUUUAGAGUGUUCGAAAAACUUUAUAUUAAAACGAACUCUGACGGAAGCUAUGAAAGGGCGACCGAUGAACCGAAAGAGAAAAGAUUCCCAUUUCGUCAAAUUUUCCUCCCUGCUCUCAUGGAGCAGAAUCCGCAUCUUGACCCAGAAAGAAAAGGGUUGAUGUUCAACAAAAAGCUUCCUACUUAUCCCGUCAAAGCUAAAUCUCGUAAACUCUCUCAGCUGAUCAAUAAGUUCUCGUUGAAAUUGAAAAGAACUGUAAAGGUCUUUUUCCAUAUAUCAAUUAUUAUUCAACUUUUGUUAUUCUUGUCAACACUUAUCGAAGAAAAUACAGCUAUAAAGAAAAAUCAAGAUUUGGUUAUUCUUAAAGACUUUUACUGA